AUGGAGUUGAAAAUCCUGCAAGAUACAGGGAGACUCAACUCUGCCUUCUUCUAUACGCAUACACCAACUAAUAGGCAACACCUUUGUCUUGUGAUGAAAGCUGUCGGAUGCCCUCUGAAAGACAGAAGCUGGGCUAAACCUAAUGGUGGCGAACUUGGUAUCCCAUGGGAUGUUUUAUCCGCUGCCAUGCUUACAGAGAUGCUCCUGUUGAAAGUAUUUGAGAUCCAUGAAGUCGGGAUAUACCAUGGAGAUAUCAGUCCAUCCAACGUUGCUCUAGGCCUCGCCGAAGAUGCCUUUACGCCCAAGUCCCUGAAAUGGACUUUCAGUGAAGACUUACGGGCAGUAGUACACCUAGGAUUCAUACCUCUGACAGAACCACAACCACCUGUCCCGCCAUUCUUACCGGCUUAUAUUGCAUACCAUGUGUAUCCACUUGCCUCUGACGGACUGGAUGUGACUAAGAUUGAUAUUAUUGACUUUGGACAAGGCGGGUACGAAUCAAAGAAUACCAAGCUAAGGGGUACCCGGGGUUAUAAACCGCCUGAAUCCAAGAACCCGGGUGCUCUUGGAUCUAUUCAAUCCGACUUAUGGAGCCUAGGUUGUCUGGUCUACUAUGCACUGACGGAUAUUCAUUUAUUCGGGCCAGACGAGGAAUUCGUAAAAGCAUACACAGCGGCGAGCGAUCAGGAGCAAAUAUCCUAUAUCGAUGUCCAACUAAGAGCAGAUAGGGUUUUUCAACAGCACGUCGAGUACAGGGAUAUAACAGCUAGGCUACUUCAUUCUCUUUUAAGAGUUGAUCCUGCAAAGCGAAGUGCAACAGAGGCGAAAAAGUGGCUCGUCAAGAUGGUAGAGUAUGCGAACCAGCAUAUGGAAGGCGACCGGUGA